AUGAGCCGUAGCACAAAACUCGCCCCCGAAGCUAACAGGAUCCUCUUCGUAAAGAACCUUAGCUACAACGUUACUGCAGACGAGCUUUUCGACCUCUUCGGAAAGUUCGGACCUAUCCGACAAAUUCGCCAAGGCAUUGCCGCGAACUCCAAAGGCACUGCGUUUGUGGUAUAUGAGGACGUUCAUGAUGCCAAACAAGCCUGCGACAAGUUGAACGGGUUCAAUUUUCAGAACCGAUACCUUGUUGUUCUAUACCAUCAACCUGAAAAGAUGGCAAAAUCGAAAGAAGACCUUGCAGCACGACAAGAGAAUCUGGAGAAGCUCAAGCAACAGCACGGCAUCGAAUAA